UGGGAGGCGCAGUCUGGGUGGGUCUCUUUUGGGUCCGCAGGGGGCGGAGGCUUCGGCCUGGGCCUCCCCUGCGGGGACCGGGGCGCAUCCGUGACCCGCCUGUCUUUUUCUCCCUCGGGAGGACGGAGGAGCCCGGCGGGGGAAGGAAGGAGGCGCUGCCCGAGAGCAGGAGGACGAGAGCCGGCCCCGCGGAACAGCCCUGCCGAGUCCCCGGGGCUGCAGGAGAGAUGAGGCUAGUGAGACUCCGGGAAAGACGGCUUCCUGGAGGGCAAUGCGGGGAGAAGGACACGUGCCUGGAAGGCGGGGGAUCCCUUGGAAGACCCCGGCAGCCCCGAAGGAUCCAGGAGGAAGGAAAGAGAUAUCAGUGCCCGGCAUGUGAAAAAUCCUUCAAAACAAAUGGAUGUUUUGAAAACCAUCUAACCACCCACUCAUUAGAGAAACCAUUUAAAUGCUCGGAAUGUGAGAAAUCCUUCAAAAGAAGUGACCAUCUUCAAAGGCAUCUAAGGACCCACUCAAAAGACCAACCAUUUAAAUGCCUGAAGCGUGGGAAGCACUUCAAUCAUAGGAGCAGUCAUGAUAGCCAUCUAAGAAUCCACACCGGGGAAAAGCUUCAUAAAUGCCUGGAGUGUGGAAAAUCUUUCAAAAGAAAUGACCUUCUUCAAAAGCAUCUAAGCAUCCACACAGGAGAAAAGAAAUAUGAAUGCCCAGAAUGUGAAAAAUCCUUCAGAAUAAAAGACCUUCUUCAAAGCCAUCUAAAAAUCCACACAGGAGAAAAACCUUAUAAAUGCUUUGAGUGUGGAAUGAGCUUCAGUCAUAGCAGCAGCCUUUAUAGACAUCAAAGGAUCCACUCAGGAGAAAAACCUCAUAAAUGCCUGGAGUGCGGAAAGAGCUUCAGUCAUAGUAGCAGCCUUUAUACACAUCAAAGGAUCCACACAGGAGAGAAACCAUUUAAAUGCCUGGAGUGUGGAAAGAGCUUCAAUGUGAUUGCACGCCUUUAUAGACAUCGAAAAAUUCACUCCGGAGAAAAACCAUACGAAUGCCUGGAGUGUGGAAAGUGCUUUACUGAGGGUUCAGGCCUCUAUCAUCAUAAAAAAAUCCAUACUGGAGAGAAACCAUAUAAAUGCCUCGAAUGUGGAAAAAGUUUCAAUGAGAGAAGAGACCUGCGUAGACAUGAAAUGAUUCACACAGGAGAAAAACCACAUAAAUGUCUGGAGUGUGGAAAGAGCUUCAAUCGGAAGGGGAUCCUUUACAGACAUGAGAGAAUCCAUUCAAGAGACAAACCAUAUCAAUGCCUGGAUUGUGGCAAGAGCUUCAGUCAGUUGGGAAACCUCUCCAGACAUCAAAGGAUCCACUCCGGAGAGAAACCGUACGAAUGCCUGGAGUGUGGAAAGAGAUUCAAUCUGAGGGAAAGCCUUAACACGCAUCAGAGAAUCCAUUCGGGAGAGAAACCAUACAAAUGCUUCGAAUGUGGGAAGAGCUUCAGUGUGAGAGAAAGCCUUUACAGACAUCUAACUAUCCACUCAGCGGAAAAGGAAUAUCAGUGCCCGGAAUGUGAAAAAUCCUUCAAAACAAAGAAUGAUCUUGAAAACCAUCUACGAAUCCACACAGGAGAAAAACCUCAUUUUUGCGUUGAGUGUGGAAAGAAAUGUGAAAAAUCCUUCAAAAAGAAUGAUAAACUGGAAAACCACCUAAGAAUCCACUCGGGAGAAAAGAAAUACAAAUGCCCGGAAUGUGAAAAAACCUUCAAGAGAAAUGGACAUCUCCAAAUCCAUCUAAGCAUCCACUCAGGAGAAAAGGAAUAUCAAUGCCCAGAAUGUGAAAAAUCCUUCAGAAGAAAAGACCAUCUUCAAAGCCAUCUAACAAUCCACUCAGGAGAGAAACCUCAUAAAUGCCUGGAGUGUGGAAUGAGCUUCAAUCAUAGAAGCAGUUUUAGUAGACAUCAAAGAAUCCACUCAGGAGAGAAAACAAAUAAAUGCUUGGAGUGUGGAAAGAACCUCAGUGAUGGGAGCAGCCCUUGCAGACAUCAAACAAUCCAGACUGGAGACAAAACAAAUAAAUGCCUGGAAUGUGGAAAGAACUUCAAUGAUAGGAGCAGCCUUUAUAGACAUAGAAGAACCCACUCAAGAGAAAAACAGUAUAAAUGCCUGCAGUGUGGAAAGAGCUUCAGUCAUUGGAGCAACCUUGAUAUACAUCAAAGGAUCCACUCGGGAGAGAAGCCAUAUAAAUGCUUGGAGUGUGGAAUGAGAUUCUGUCAGAGGAGCAGCCUUUAUAGACAUAGAAGAACCCACUCAGGAGAAAAACUGUAUAAAUGCCUACAGUGUGGAAAGAGGUUUCAUCAGAAGACUAACUUUUAUCUACAUCAAAAGAUCCACUCAGGAGAGAAACCGUUUCAAUGUGCGGAGUGUGGAAAGUGCUUCAGUCAGAAGAGAAUCCUUAAUGGACAUCAAAUAAUCCACUCAGGAGAGAAACUGCAUAAGUGUGUAGAUUGUGGAAAAAGCUUUACUCGGAAGGGACACCUUUAUGCACAUCAAAGAAUCCAUACAGGAGAAAAACCGUAUAAAUGCCUGGAGUGUGGAAUGAGCUUUGCUGAGAGUAGAAAGCUCCGCAAACAUCAAUGGAUCCACACUGGAGAAAAACCAUAUAAAUGCCUGGAGUGUGAAAAAAGCUUUAGUCAGAGAGUAAGUUUUUAUAACCAUCAAAUGAUUCACACAGGAGAAAAACCACAUAAAUGCCUGAAAUGUGGAAAGUGUUUUAAUAUUAGAGCAACUCUGUAUAAACAUCAAAUGGUUCACACAGGAGAAAAACUACAUAAAUGUCUGAAGUGUGGAAAGAGCUUCAAUCGGAGAGGAAACCUUUACAUCCAUCAAAGAAUCCACUCAGGAGGCAAACCAUAUAAGUGUUUAAAGUGUGGAAAGAGUUUCUCUGCAAACAGAAGUCUUUAUAGGCAUCAAAGAGUCCACACAGGAGAAACAUCAUAUACCGUUUCCUCAAAAAUAAACCCAGCCUGAUUUUAAGCAUGCACCUAAUAUAAGCCCUACCCAAAAAUAAGACCCAGUGAAGGGUGGGGUAUGGCCAGUAGAGGAGGGAGCAAGCCCAUGCAAGCCGACACUGGCAGCAGACGGAGGCAGAGGUGCAUGCUGGGAGGCAGGUGAUGUAGAUGCACUUGCUGGACCAUGUGAAAACCAUUAGGCUGGAGGCAGCAGCCAACUGCAGGAGGCUCAUCUUCGUAUCUGUCAGCUUGCCUGCAGCCUUUGCGGCACAUUGGGAUCACCAGCCUUUUCCUUGCGCCUCUACCUCUGUCUGCGGCCGAUGUUGCCACAGGAAUAUGAGCCUUCCACCACUGGCCGGCACUCCUGCUCACCGACUCCACCUGCCUUCCCUCCCACCUCUGCUUCUGCCUGCUGCUUACACAGGUAAUCAACUCACCUGUGCUGCACAGGCUGUGCCUGCUUUCAGACACUGUCUUCCUGUGCGCACUUGGCACCUCUAUUGCUUUUGCAGGUGGGUGGGGUGCCCAGCCCUACUGAUCACCAAGAAAUUGUGUUUCCAUGAAAAUAAGCCCUAGUGUUUAUUUUGGGACCCAAAAGAGUAAGUAGAUGUAUUACCAUAAAGGACAACCCAUUGAGUACAGUUUGUCAAGCAGUUACAAAUCAAGCCAUCCAAUUCAAUAUUGAGUUUCAUCCCACCAGGUUUCCGUAAUAGCAACUGUGUCCUAUGUACUUUCAAGUUCAUUCUGUUUGUUCCCUAAACUUUGAGCAUUUGUAUAUAGGCAUUUGAGUCCUUUAUGGAUCUUGGGUAUGUUUUUUAUAUCUCCUACUUUGUAUCUGGGGUUUCCAUCCUUUCCAUCCAUCCCUCUCUACUUUACUGUGUUUUUCCUUUUUUUCUUCUUUCUCUUUACUCUCUACCUCCUUGGUUAUCUAGUGGUUUUUUGCUUGGAAUCAGGUUCUAUAGGUCUUGAAGAUUGGACCCCCCCCUCAAUUUUAGUUUAAAGCCCUUCUGAUAAGAUGAGCCAGUUGUUUGCGGAAUAUAUUCUUUCCAGUUCUUAU